AUGCCUUCACGAUCGCCGACGCCGAGGCGUGAUGCUGCGUCUCGCAGUCCAUACUCUAGAGCUUCGCGCUCACCUUCGCGCACACCUCGCCGCUCAAUCUCUCCCCGACCAUCGCCUAGCCCACAACGCCGCAGCAGAUCUCGCACACGCACACGCAGUCCCGCCCACUCGCGCAGCCGUAGCCGCUCCUAUCGCGCCCGUAGCUCAUCCCGCGGCCAGCGCGACCGCAGUCCCACACCGCCAAUGCCUCGCAGCUCCAAAAUCUUCAGCACCUACGGCACAAUCGCCGACCUCGACAUGCCGCUGAACAAAUCCUUCAACACCAACCGCGGUACGGCCUACAUCCUCUACCACAGCCCCGAAGCCGCCGAACGGGCAAUAGCACAUAUGCACGAAGGCCAAUUGGACGGCGCAAAGAUUGGUGUUAGUAUCGUGUUGCCGCGCCGCAGGUUCAGUAGAUCUCCGCCUGCAAGACGUCCGCCGCCGAAUCGGUUUGGCGAGCCCCAUCGUUACAGGGAUAUGGCUGUUGCUGCUGCAGGAGGUAGAGGAGGUGGUGGUAGAGGAGGCAGGAGAAGAGGAGGUGGAGAUAAUGAUGGCGAUACCUAUCGUCCUGGUCCUGCGAGGGACGCUCCACCCAGAAACAGAAGUUACAGUCCGAGAAGCAGGAGUCCGAGCCGCAGGAGUGCCAGCAGAAGCCGCAGUAGGAGUCUGACCCCUCCACCUAGGAGAAGAGGAGGAAGUCCCAGAGGAGGAGGUGGAGGCGGUCGAGGCGGUGGCAGACGCAGGAGCCCGAGCUACAGCAGCUACGGCUCGCGCAGCAGAAGCAGAAGCAGAGAUCGCAGGCGAUGA